UGAGAAUAGAUCCAACCGCCCUCGUGUAUUCCCUCAAGAAUUUCKCACCCACAGAUCCUACUAUCGCCAGGUGACUCAUAUACAUCUGGAUGUUCGACUUUCAAUUGGAACGUAUCUCAGGGAACAAGAACAAGGCUGAUGGGUUGAGCAGGAUAGAAUGGGAGAAACCCGGAGAUGCCAAGGAGGAAACUCCACCAGUAGAUGGAUUCCUAGAUGAAGAUGAUAUGCAGCUCCAUGUGAACUCAUGGAGACUGAGUGUUAAUGAUAGGGAAGCAAGGAGAGGGAAGUCCAUGUGGUACGCACCAGCAACUUUUGUAAAAAUCGAAGAAUUGGUGUUGAAACCUUUCAUUGAAGAAGACCCAUGGGGAGAAAGGAAUGGAGAGUGGAUGAAGGAGUUGGCUUGGGCAGAGACCUACAGACUGACUGACGACCCAGUAACGAUUGAGGCAGGAACGAAGCAGGUAGAUCAUCGCCUGCUGACAAUGGGGAGAGUACACUAUCUUGUCAACGCACUCCUGCAAGUUCAGGCUGAAAAUGAAGGAGAAAUAGUAAAGGCAGAUGAGAUAGUGUUGGGGGAUGAUCUCGAAUUUGAUGAGGAGAUGAAAGGAGACGAGUUUGAACAAGGGGGGAUCUCAGAGGAUUUCCGGGAAGAAGAAUAUGAUGGGUUCCAUCUAGAAAUGUUGAUUCGAUUGCAUGAAAUGCUCAGGGAAGACUGUGAGUGGCUCCUCGAAGGGGAAGCAGAGGUGGCUGAUAAGUUGGGAAGAAUGGAGGAAGGAAGAAGAAGGGAAAUGAAGAUCCCCAUUCAGGAACUUCAGGACAGGAUAAGGGAAAAGACAGAGUUGCUCACGUGGGGGUUAGCAAACUAUGUCCCUGAAAUCCUGAAGGAGAUUCAGAGGUUGAGGGCAAGGGAAGAAAGAAAGGACAUGCAGUGGACAAAAGUGGAAAAGGAGAUGAAAGGUUUGAAGGCUGAGACGAAAAAGACAAAGAUUGAGCAGGGAAAGCUGAAAGUGAAGGUGGAAGCACUAAACAUUGCCCUUGACAACAAAAGUGAGGUGGAGACAAAAAAAAUGGAGAAGGAGAGGUUGGAAAGGGAAAUUGGAGAAACAUCACUGACUGGUAACAGAGUGAGACAGGAUAGGAAAAGAUCUUACCUUGAGACAUUAAUUGGGGCAGCAUCUCAGGAUAUUCCAUCAUCUGCAAAAAGAACAAAGGAGGAGGAAAAGAAGCUAUGCUGGUAUUGUAUGAAGGGAGUCAAUAGGAGAGAUGAUUGUCCUGGGUUUAAGACAGAGAGGGCUAAGGGGUUGCUUAGUCUCGAUGAGAACAUCAGACUCAUCGAUAGGAAGGGAAAUCUAAGUAAAAGAACAAAGGAAGGGUUCAGGGUCUAAUUGUAUGAGCAGUUGGGACUCACCUUAGAGGAUUAGAAUGAAACAAUUUUGAAGUU